UGUAUCUGAGAGAUCAGCCCAGGACCUAGGGGCAGAGACAUCAGUUGGAGCUCAAUUGUUGAUCUGAUCACAUCCGACGGACUUGCUGAAAAAGAGAAGCUGAGAUUUGAAGAGGAGCAUUUACCGGUUUUACCCUGCGCUGCUUGAGAGAGAAACUCUUUCGCUUCUUCUUUUGGUGGGCUAUUCGCUUUUUGGCUUGAUUUGGGUUCCGACGUGGCGAAGGAGAUGUCUUUCCCCCAGCUGGGUUACCCGCAGUAUUUAAGUGCCUCCCAGGCGGUGUAUGGAGGUGACCGUCCGGGAGUGCUGACUUCUUCAUCCCGAGGAGGUAGCGCUGAGAUCGGUGGAAGCGCGUCCGCGGCGGCCGCUGCGGUGUCGUCGGUGUUGGGCAUGUAUCCGUACGCACACAACUACAGCGCUUUCCUGCCUUACACCAGCGCCGAUCUGGCACUUUUCUCUCAAAUGGGUUCUCAGUAUGAGUUAAAAGACAGCCCUGGUGUUCAUCCUGCCAGCUUUGCUGCCCACACUGGCCCUGCGUUCUACCCCUACGGGCAGUUUCAGUAUGGAGACCCUGCCAGGCCUAAGAACGCCACACGGGAGAGUACCAGCACUCUGAAGGCCUGGCUCAACGAGCACAGGAAAAACCCCUAUCCCACCAAAGGCGAGAAGAUCAUGCUGGCCAUCAUCACCAAGAUGACCCUCACCCAAGUGUCAACAUGGUUCGCCAACGCCAGAAGGAGACUCAAGAAAGAGAACAAGGUGACAUGGGGUGCCAGAAGCAAAGAGGAUGAAGAUGGCAACAUAUUUGGGAGUGAUAACGAGGGGGAUGCCGAGAAAAACGAGGAUGAGGAGGAAAUAGAUUUGGAGAGCAUAGAUAUUGACAAGAUCGACUACAAUGAUGGAGAUCAAAGCAAUGAGGAGGAUGAGGAGAAGCGGGCGGAGCUCGAGAGCCUGCAGGAGAAACGGCACACACUUGCGCUGCAGGCCCACGAGGCCUACGAAAAAUCCAAAGCAAACGCAAUUUCCGUCAGCAAAGAGACGUCUGAUGGAAACAACAACAACACAAGGGUACUGUCCCCCAGUCGACAGGGAAGUUUUCAAGUUCCUGUUAGCAAUAAGCCCAAAAUAUGGUCGCUAGCGGAAACAGCAACUAGUCCAGAUAGCUCGCUGAAACCUACGUCACCCUCAGUUCCCGCCACUCACGCGGGUGCUCACCCAGCCUUCCUGCCCAGCCAUGGACUGUACACAUGCCAGAUUGGAAAGUUCCACAACUGGACAAAUGGCGCGUUCCUGGGCCAGAACUCCCUGCUGAACGUCCGAUCUUUCCUCGGUGUCAAUCAGCAUCACCAUAAUCAUCAUGUUCACGCGCAGCAGCAGCAACAACAGCCCACGUCGGUGGUGGUGUCAUCUAUGGCAGCCGUGAAUAGUGACAAGGCGCCAGAGGACCUCAGUCCAAAACACAUAGAUCGGGAAAAUGUUCUCAGAAGUGAGUCACCGACGCACCCUUUAAAGUCAUCGUUUCGUCCUCUUCAUGACAGCCCAAGAAACCAGCAGGAAUCAACACAGAGGGUCCUAACUGCUCUCUCUUCCGCUUGAUCAAGACAUUUGCCCUGGAAAAAAAGACUGAUGGCACUCAUAAUGGGACAAUGGAAACGAAAUCAAUUCAGCAUAGCGUUCAGUUACUCUAAAACAAAUGGCCGAGUUUGAUUAGCACCCGGUGGAGUUGUACAUAAUGACACCUGUGAUCCCUUCCUUACCGUGGGACAUUUGGUAGGCUUAUUUUGUCUUUAUGUGUUGGUGUUUUCCUUUAAGGUGACCGACAUUUGUAAAUAGUGAGUUGAAGGAGUUUGUUCAGAUCAUAUAUUUUGUCUAAUAAACGAAAUGAAAUUAUAGACAAAUUCAAAGUACGUUUUUUGUGGUUUCUGAAUGGGUUAAGAUAUUAGAGAAGUUACCACAUUUAUUUAUUUCUUCAAAAUUUCUUCUGUUUUUCUUUAAGUGAAUAUUAUUAUUAUUAUUAUUAUUAUUACCUCUGAAUAAUCUCUGGUAGUAAUAGGCAACUGAAUGAUUUUUAAAGUGAAAAAACAAAAAAACUGAAAUUGCUGGUUGUUUCGUUUGUAAAGGACACAGAAUAGAUUUUAAAAUAUUUUGCGGGAGUGUUCAAAUUCAAUUGUUAAAUGGAGCUGGCUGGAAAUGCAUUGAGGUGCUAAUAAGAGACCAGAUGGCUGCUGGCGGCAGAAAAUGGACCGAAGCAGCUGGGAAUAUCAUUAAGUAAUAAUGUGGGAACGCCCUGUGCAAACAAAAUCAAAUGGUUAAAAUCUAAUCUGUCAGAGAAAGAAGAAAAGAAAAAACUCGAUACGAUAAUGAAUUAUUAAUUUGUUGGGGAGAGUGACAUUCAGUUCAGAGGGUCUGGAGUGAGGCCUCUGAGCGUCUUCAACACGAGACUUCUUAUAAUAAUAUUUAGCCUAAUAAUUUCAUUUUCUGGCACAAUAUUGCAGUUUCAAACUGCAUGACAAAUUAAUUAUAAAACAAGAGGCUUCACGGGGUGUUUUCCAAUGUUUCUGGGAGUGUAAUUCAUACAUUUUCCAACAAAAUGUUCAAAUAUAUCCACUGUUAAAAACUCAUCAGAGAACAUAGAAACAGAAAGAAAGAAAGAAAAAUAUUUAAGAUCUAAGUCUUUCUCUUUUCAA